AGCCCAUGUCAUCCGAAACCACUCUGAGUCCUGAUAACAAAAUAUAAAUGUGUGUAUUUCAUCUUACUAUGAAAAAAAUGGAGUUCAGAGAGGGCAAAUGACUUGUCCAAGGUCACACAGUAAGUGGGAGAGCUGAGGUUUGGGAAGUUCUUUCUGACCCCAAAGCCAAGCUCCUUUUACAAGUUCUGCAGCCUGCCAGCCUUUGUCCCGGACUAACUUCAAUCACUCACUCUUUCAUGCAUUCAUUUAUCUAGUAUAUUAUUUAUUGGCACCUUCUUUGUUCCAGGCCCUGUGCAAGACACCAGGGAUACAGAAAUUAGGAAGACAUGGUCCCUGUCCUCAGAAAACGCAGCCGGGAGUAGAAGAGACAGCCAGAUAAGCAAAGGUGGGCAUUGGAGGGGCCUGUGAAAGGUGCUGGGGAGUCCAGAGGAUGGAAAAUGACUCUGCCUGGGGUGGGUGGGGAAGGUUUCAUAGAGGAGGAAGAGCCCUUUGAAUCAAACCCUAGAAGGGUAAGGAGGAGUUCACCUGGUGCAGAAGAAGGUAAAGUUCAAUAUACACAGAGGCUAGGAUAUGGGCACUCAGUAAGGGUGAGUGAAAGAUGGGGUGAUGAGGUCAGAUGGGGGAGGCUUUGGCUGCCAAGUCAGGACUCAGACUUGAUUCUGAGAUCACUGGGAAGCCCAUGAAGGGUUUCAAGCAGGGGAGUGCCUUGGCCAGGAUCCUGAAGGACAGUCUCUCUGGCUGUGGUGUCCAAAGACCUGAAGUCCUUUUAAGAAUCCAGUGUAUGAGCUGGCGAGGAAAAUUGAUGGCCCCUCCUCCCACCCUCAAUCUUUGUUAUGGCUUUUGGUCCACUCCUUGGAACUUUUUUUUUUAACCACCUCUGUCAAAGCCUUCAUCUCACUUGCUAGAGAGACCAACCCACUUCCUUCCUCUCUGCUUACACCCUACCUCCCACCAGGGUGAUGGGGUUACAAUGGGGCUUGGAAUAAAGGUGUACAGAGAACAGAGGGGUUGAAGCUUCCUAUUGGGGUUAUGGGCAAAGGUAUCCAUGAAUUCAGGACCACCGCUGUUCUUGGUCUCGGCUUUUCCCACCUCUCUGGGCCAAUUUGAGCAUCUCAGCUUCCUACAUUGCCCGCCCCCUUGUUUGCCACCCUCAACUUCCUGCCCCACCAGAGGAAGUGGGGAGAGACAGCAGGUGCAGCGACAGCUAUCGGGGCCAUGGACAAGGAGUAUGUGGGUUUCGCCGCCCUCCCCAACCAGCUGCAUCGCAAGUCCGUCAAGAAGGGGUUUGACUUCACACUCAUGGUGGCAGGGGAGUCAGGCCUGGGAAAAUCUACCCUCAUCAACAGCCUAUUUCUCACCAACCUCUAUGAGGAUCGGCAAGUCCCAGAGGCCAGGGCUCGCUUGACACAAACACUGACCAUCGAGCGCCGGGGCGUGGAGAUCGAGGAGGGGGGUAUUAAGGUGAAGCUGACCCUGGUGGACACACCUGGCUUUGGGGACUCAGUGGACUGUUCAGACUGCUGGCUGCCCGUGGUGCGCUUCAUUGAGGAGCAAUUUGAGCAGUAUCUUCGGGAUGAGAGUGGCCUGAACAGGAAGAACAUCCAGGAUUCCCGUGUCCACUGCUGCCUCUACUUCAUCUCACCCUUUGGCCGGGGGCUCCGGCCCCUAGAUGUGGCCUUCCUCCGGGCGGUGCAUGAGAAGGUCAACAUUAUCCCAGUCAUUGGCAAAGCAGAUGCCCUGAUGCCUAAGGAAACACAGGCCCUCAAACAGAAGAUCCGGGAACAGCUGCAGGAGGAGGAGAUCAAUAUCUACCAGUUCCCCGAUUGUGACUCUGAUGAGGAUGAAGAUUUCAAGAGGCAGGAUGCGGAGAUGAAGGAAAGCAUCCCUUUCGCCGUCGUCGGUUCCUGCGAAGUAGUGAGGGACGGCGGGACCCGACCGGUGAGGGGACGCCGCUACUCCUGGGGCACCGUGGAGGUGGAGAACCCACAUCACUGCGAUUUCCUGAACCUGCGACGGAUGCUAGUGCAGACGCACCUGCAGGACCUGAAGGAGGUGACACAUGAUCUGCUCUACGAGGGCUACCGGGCGCGCUGCCUACAGAGCCUGGCCCGGCCUGGGGCGCGUGAUCGAGCCAGCCGUAGUAAACUCUCCCGCCAGAGCGCCACAGAGAUCCCGCUGCCCAUGCUGCCUCUGGCCGACACGGAGAAGCUGAUCCGCGAGAAAGACGAAGAGCUGCGCCGCAUGCAAGAGAUGCUGGAGAAGAUGCAGGCCCAGAUGCAGCAGAGCCAGGCUCAGGGCGAGCAGUCGGACGCUCUCUGAGACCCCCGCCCGGACCCUACUUUACCACGCCUCCGCCUUCAGUUCGUAUCUUGUCCAAUCCUCGAGCCCCAGGUUGCCCGGCGCUUAAUCCCGGAGCCCAAACCUGUAAGGCCCGCCCUUGCAAGGGGUUAGCGGGCUAGCAGGUUCUCCCAAUCCUGGAGUGUGUAGCCCCGCCUUUGGCUCCGCCCCGACCCCGCCUUGGCUCCGCCCCAAUCCGCCUCGGCCCACAUAGCGCGCCAGAGCUUCCCUCCCAUCCCCUAACUCUCCCAGCCCCGCCCCACUUCACCCAAACUGCGACUUCAAUAAAAACUGAGUUUCCCUGA